GAACAUUUUCCAAUACUAUUUAAGAGGAGAACUGACUACUGUGAUGGCUCAAGUGGCUAGAACAUUGCGUGCUGCUAUACGAAGUUUUACAUCACCAAUGAGGAGUUUCGGUAGUGCCCAACCUUUACAGGAAGCUGCUUUAGAGGAACGUUGUAUUCUUGUUGAUGAAUCUGACAAGCCUCUUGGUAAUGCUACAAAAAGAGACUGUCACAUUGUUAAUUCUGAUGGACAAGUUCUACUUCAUAGAGCAUUUAGUGUCUUUUUAUUCAAUGGUAAAGGAGAACUAUUACUUCAAAAAAGGUCUCCCAAUAAGAUAACAUUCCCAAACCGUUAUACAAAUACAUGCUGCAGUCAUCCAUUAUUUGAAAUUCCCGAAGAAACUGAAGAACAUGAGGCACUAGGAAUUCGUAAAGCAGCAAGAAGAAGACUGAAUUUUGAGUUAGGAAUUCCUUUGUCACAAAUUUUGCUAUCAGAUUUUUUCUACUUAACAAGAAUUCAUUAUCAAGAUGUGGAAGGUAUAUGGGGUGAACAUGAAAUAGAUUAUGUGUUAUUUAUACAAAAAGAUAAUGUAACAUUGGAUCCAAAUCCAGAUGAAAUCAGUGAAAUUCGUUGGGUAUCAAAAUCAGAAAUCAAAGAUAUUGAGAAAAAUCUUAGUCCAUUGAGUCCCUGGUUUAAAUUAAUUCUUAAGCAUAAAUUGUUAUCGUGGUGGGAUAAUCUACAUUCAUUAGAAAAAAUGCAGGAUCAUAAAACAAUACAAAGAUUUUUAUAAUACCUUUGAACAAAGAAUUAAGUUCAAUAGCCUUAUCACACAUAACGUUAAUCGAGGUAUUUUAUUACCAUCCAAAUAUCUAAAUAAUUAAUAACAAAAGAUUUGAGGAUGAAAUUUGUGCAAGAUGAUUAGUUUUAUGCAAUAAGUUGUACACUAUAAAUAUAAUGCAGUAUAAGUACAAAGUAAAUUUGUUCAUAUAAACUUGCACUUUGUAAAUAUUGAAAUAUUUAAUAUAAUUUUGAUAACUUGGCUAAUUACCAUUAGACAAUUUGUAUACUUAUAUAAAUUUUGUGAAUACAUUUUUGUCAUAGGAAAAAUAAUUUUGUAAAUAUAUAGUAAACCAUGAACUGAUCUUUCUUAAAUACUAUUUUCUUACUAAAAAGUGUGUAAAUAAAAAGUACAACUCAAAAAUACAAAGAUAUAAAAAUUUUAUACUGCAACGAAUGAUAAAUCUAAAACAAUUUUCUACAUCUCUAUGUUAAUGUAUCUUCCACUUUAAUCAUUAAAUGAAAGUUUAUUCAUUAUUAAAAAGUCAAAGAAAAAACUGUUUUUAUCAUGUAUUGAAUAUAAUAUUUAGAAUAAUGCAAUAAAAUAAUAGAACAUGAUCAGUAAAAUAUAAUAGAAAAAUCUUCAUUAUAGUUUCAAAAAUGGCUUAAAAGGUAUAAAAAAGGUUUAAGAAGUUUAAGAAAAAUUUUGAAGGUCUAAAAAGGGUUUUAAAGGUUUAAAAAAUAAUUUCUAUUAAUUUAAAAAACUAACAUAUUAAUUUUUCUAUUUAAUGGCAUUUCAA